CACAAGGAAAUACAGCUCGGAAAGCCAUCUCCCUGCACCGUGUUCUGCGCACUGUAACUGAGUGUAACUAUCAGAGGGGGCAGUACGGCCCUGACACGGACAGCUACAAUAAGCACCCCGGAAAUACAUUUGGCACGCACGUUGCGUUCCACGCAAUUACACAAUAUAUCCCGCCUCUGCAAGCGUAUUGGUUGUCUGCGGACGCGGGCGUGCCUAUAACAACACGUGACUCCGGGCCCGCUGACAGAGAGCGGCUGCCUCUUGCCUUGAGGAUGUGGGGAGCAGCGCUGAGGAGGAGCGGGCUGCGCUCAUUGGUCGAGCGAGUGACUGUGCUGAGAGGAGGCUCUGUGCCCACUCACAACCCUCUGCCAACACGGACGUUGGGGAUCCCGAGAUGGCUGUGCAGCAAACCCCAAGAGGUGAAGCCCAAAGAGCCUGGGGUUACAUUCAAGGUACCAGGACACAGACCCACCGACUUUGAAAAGAAGAUUCUGGUGUGGGGCGGUCGCUUUAAAAAACAAGAGGAUAUACCUGAACUUGUGACGUACGACAUGGUGGAGAUGGCUAAGAGCAAGGUGCGGGUGAAGGUCUCCUACCUCAUGAUCCUAAUGACCAUCCUGGGCUGCAUCGCCAUGGUGGUGUCUGGGAAGCAGGCGGCCGCUCGGCACGAGUCUCUGGCCAGUUUCAACCUGGAGAAGAAGGCGCGGUUGAAAGAUGAGUUGCAGAAGGAGGAGAUCGCCAAGUAGGAGUGACACGAGGAUCUGAUACCCCCGCACCGUGCCCCCCACACGUAGUCUGUAGAGGUUCUAGACAGUGGGUGCCCACCGCUCUCUGCCCUGUUGCUGAACUGCCCUCCUCGUCAUUGUGCUGCUGCCCAUCUGCCCUCGCCAGUCAUUGGUACCAGUAGUUCUAUUGCCAUGAUGUUUGGAUUGAGACUCGGUGUCUCCUACAUAUCUAGGGGCAGCAAUGGGUUAAUUAAAGGAGUUACUGCCUGCAGAUCCAUCUGUGUCUCAUUGUUCAGCCGGACCAACCGCAUCGGAAACAGCAUCGUUUAAUUGCAGUCUCGGUACCGGAUGUGGGAAUUGUAGCAAAUGCAGGUUCUGGGCCCAUAAUAAACGCUAAUGUUCCCUUUCCUCUUGUUCGUUUGGUGGAAAUAAAGGUUCUGCCCCAGUG